GAGCCUCACUUCCGGUCCUCCCCCUACAGAGAGAGUGAUGGCUGCCCAAUUGCGCCUGCGAGGGACCCUGGCCCUGGUGACAGGGGGCGGCAGUGGCAUUGGCCGCGCCAUCUGCGCCCGCUUUGCCCGCGAAGGGGCUCAGGUGGCCAUUGCGGACUGCGAUGAGGCUGGUGCAGCCCAGACGCUUCGGGGGCUCCAGGCAGGGGACCACCAGGUGCUGUGUGUCGACGUGGGGUGCUCCAAGAGCGUGGCCGACCUCGUGGCCCAGAUCCAGGCACGCUUCUCCCGCCCGGCCAAUGUCUGCGUCAACUGCGCCGGCAUCACCAUGGACGAGUUCCUGCUGAAGCAGACGGAGGAGGCCUUUGACGCAGUCCUCAGGGUCAACCUCAAGGGGACCUUUCUGGUGACGCAGGCCGUGGCGAAGGCGCUGGUGGCAAGCGGGGCUUCGGGGGGCUCCAUCAUCAACCUGGGGAGCAUCGUGGGCAAGGUGGGGAAUCUGGGGCAGGUGAACUAUGCAGCCUCCAAGGCUGGGGUAGAAGCUCUCUCCAAGACAGUAGCCAAGGAGCUGGCCAGGUACGGGAUCCGCUGCAACACGGUUCUGCCAGGGUUCGUCCACUCCCCCAUGACGGACAAGGUCCCCCAAAAAGUGCUGGACAAGUUUGCCUCAAUGGUGCCGCUGGGACGCCUCGGGGAGCCUGAAGGUCAGAAGUUGCUGAGGUUUGUGCUUUCCUGGCCUCUGACGACAGCCGCUACAUCACCGGUGCCAGCCUGGAGGUGACUGGGGGUCUUUUCAUCUGAUGCCUUUUCCUGCCUCCGGAGACAGCCCCCCCUCCAACCACAAGGAAACCGCACUCCCUGAUUGCCCCCCCCCACGCUUUCGAAGGAAGGACUUGGGGGCGGGUUCCUCCUCCUGGAGAGACUGCAGAAGCUCCCAGCUAACAUCUUUGACUGCAAGAUUUGUGGAGGGGGCUUAGAGGCAGGGGGACCUCCCCCCCCCCAGAAUAGGGGGUCUUUUGCACAAGGAGCGAGGACGGAGACCCCCGACUUCCACUCCGGAGGGAGGCAGCGCUCAGAUUCGACUCCGAGGAUUUCUGUGCCUUGUUUUGGGAUAUAUCGCUCAGUUAAAUUAACGGCUUCUACAAAUGCGCAGGCGAUCUAAGUGCCUCUCGGAGAAAUGCUUUAAUGCUGUGAGCCGGAGAAAUGCUUUAAUGCUGUGAGCCGCUUUGAGAUAAGGCGAAACGAAAUAGGAACAAAUAAGGGAAAUCUAAGGAAAAUGCAGAAAUUGUUGCUUGAGGACUGCGGGAAGAGACACUUUUCCACCCCGAACAAACACCAGCACGGUUACAUAGCCUCAACUAUAUGUGAAUGGGAGCAAGAUAUAUUUUACAAUCGACUCUCUCCCAUGUAUUCUGCCAUGUUGUCCGUCCCCCACCAGGAAAUAUCCCUGAGGGUGACUCUUCCUGCAGCGGAUAUGAUCUUACAUUUACGAAAACGUCUUCCAUAAUAUGAUGGUCUGAUUCUGUGAUAAUAAAUGCAUUGAGUGUGCUCAGUUUUCUUAUUCAUUUAUUGUGUUUAU